AUGUCCGCCAGCGCUUACGAUCGACACAUCACCAUCUUCUCCGACAAUGGACGUCUAUAUCAAGUUGAAUACGCUUUCAAGGCAAUCACUGCGGCAAACAUCAUGUCGGUAGGCGUGCGAGGAAAGGACUGCGCCGUUGUAUUGUCGCAGAAAAAGGUGCCGGACAAACUCAUCGACCCGUCGUCCGUCUCCCACAUAUUCCAGAUCUCCCCGUCAGUCGGCUGCGUAAUCACUGGCUCCAUUGCCGAUGCCAGAGCCUUUGCCCAACGAGCUCAAGGUGAGGCCGCCGAGUUUCGAUAUAAAUUCGGAUACGAGAUGCCUGCCGACGUCUUGGCGAAGCGGCUUGCCAACAUCAGCCAGGUCUACACGCAACGGGCCUACAUGCGCCCGUACGGUGUUGCCACUACAAUCAUCUCCCUCGACUCCGAGCUCGGCCCGCAAUUGUACAAGUGCGAUCCCGCAGGAUACUACAUCGGGUACAAGGGAACUGCUGCCGGGCCCAAGCAGCAGGAGGCUCUGAACCAUUUGGAAAAGAAGCUGCGGAACAAGGACUGUGCCCAAGGCUCCUGGGAGGAUGUCGUCGAGCUGGCCAUCACGACCCUCAGCACGGUUCUAAGCAUGGAUUUCAAAAAGGGGGAGAUUGAGGUUGGUAUCUGCGGGGGGCCUCGCGCCGAUGGCAAGGAGGGAACCAAUCCUGCCUUCAGGAUGCUCACCGAAGACGAGAUCGACGAUAGAUUACAGGCCAUUGCGGAGAAGGACUAG